CAUCGAGAAGGGGCGGGGUAUCUUCUUUCUCUAUCCAUCAAGCAACAAAUUCAAACCUACAAUGGUCAACUUGUCGCAACAGAAGCGUCUCGCAGCCGCCGUCUCUGGCGUGGGAAAGAGGAAGAUCUGGCUUGACCCCCAGGAAGCCGCCGAAAUUGGACAGGCCAACUCUCGAUCCGGAGUCAGGAAGCUUCUCAAAGAUGGUCACAUCAUCAUCAAACCCACUGUCAUCCACUCUCGAGCCCGUACAAGGGAUCUCCACGCCGCCAAGCGUGCCGGUCGACACACUGGUUACGGUAAACGAAAGGGUACUGCCGAGGCUCGUAUGCCCACAAAGGUGCAAUGGUUGAGACGAAUGAGGGUUCUGAGGAGACUCUUGAAGAAGUACAGGGAGGGAGGAAAGAUCGACAAGCAUCUCUACCACACUCUCUACCUCGAAGCCAAGGGUAACCGAUUCAAGAACAAGCGAGUUCUCAUGGAGCACAUUCACCGAGCCAAGGCUGAGAAACUCCGAACCAAGCACAUCCAGGAACAAAUGGAGGCUCGUCGUGUCAAGAACAAGGCCAUGCGAGAACGCAAGGCCCAGCGAUUGGCAGAGAAGCGACAGGGCUUGUUCGAGGUCGAGCGCGAGGAAGAGGUCAAGGAGUAGACCGCUUGUAUUUAUGCGAGGUUGCAUGGUCUUUGGAUC